AUGACAAGCAGCAAAGGAACCACAGCAGCAGCAGCAGCCCAACCAACCCAUGAGUGCUGCAUGUGUGGGGAUUUUGGCUUCUCCUAUGAGCUCUUCCAAUGCAAGGUUUGCCAAUUCAGAUCUCAGCACAGGUACUGUAGCAAUCUUUACCCAAAUGCAGAGUCUUACAGAAUUUGCAAUUGGUGCCUUACCCAGAAGGAGGACACAAAAGAAAAGUCCCAAAAUUCCUCAAACUCUUCAUCUUCAUGCAGAAAAGAGGGCCAAGAUCAUGACCCAGCCAAGAUCAACAAGAAAACCAACUCAUCAAAAACCAGUGAUCAUCAGAACAAGCAAGGGCAUGGAGGUAAUUCAUAUGGGGGUCUAAGGGGCACCAUGCAGCUGCAGCCAAGUGGCCCUAUAAAGAAACAGAGACCGCUUGAUCUUCAUCAUAACCAUCAGGGUUUUGGAUCACCAUCUCCAUCUCCAUCUCCAAAAUCUCCAUCCACCAGAAAGAGGAUCCUCACAAAUGGGCAGAAGGAGGCCGAGAAGAUUAGGAGGACAAGGUCAGAGGAGAUAUCAAACUUAAACAAUGGGAUCAUUACAAGGCAGGUCUUUAGGAACAAGGUGAGAAGGUACAAGCUUUUAGAUGAGGUUUCAAGUCAAUAA